AUGUUUGACUCCCUCAACAAACUCAACUUGAAACUUCAAGGUCAGCAGACACACGUUCUACAGAUUAAACACAUUCUGAGUGGCCUCCUUUCAAAAGUUCAGAAUUGGCACUGGAAAGUUACAGAGGGAAACAUUGCUAUGUCUACCAACCUUUCGCAGCGGCUAAAUCCACUGGAGGCCUUGUCUGCUGAUCUUCAAGUUGACAUGUGGAAAUCACCUGAAAAUGAGUUCAAGAACUAUUUUCCUGACCUUAACUGUGGUGAAGAAGCUUUUGUGAGAAACCCUUUCACUCCUGGAUUAGACAUCACUGUUAUUGCAGAUGACAUUGAAGACGAGCUUUUGGAAUUGAGGCCAGCACGCGACACGUUUCUUGAGAAAUGUCUUGCACAGUUUUGGUGUUCACUCCAGGAAUUAUACCCCCAGGUCUGCAAAAGAGCACUUCGACUCAUUGUCCCAUUUGCCUCGACUUACCUUUGCGAAAGUUGA